CUCGCUAGAGUCAUUUGCUGACCCGUGUUUGAGUGUGAGAGAGGAGCAGGAGGAAGACUGGCUUGCAUUAAGAGCUGUCGAAGACGGACAGAUAACAAUACCGAAUACUUGAUCAUAUCUAUUCACUCUCUGCUUUUGAGUUGCGCCGGUCGCUAAAAGUUCCCGUUCAAAAUGGGGUUCCGCAAAAAGACCAACAAGAACCCGCCGGUGUUGAGCCACGAGUUUAUCAUCCAGAACCAUGCAGAUAUUGUUUCCUGUGUUGCUAUGGUGUUCCUCCUCGGGUUGAUGUUUGAGCUGUCUGCGGCAGAGGUUAACCUGUAGUGACGCCCAGCCCGGGAACGGGACCGUUAUCAUCAUCUAACACCAAGAGGUCACCUCGAAGGUUGCAGUGCUGUUCAUCACUGUCCAAUACAACGUUACCAUCUCUGAAAAUGAAGGCCUAUCAGAGGAGAGCGUGGUGAACCACUUCCACCACGGGCUGAAGGAUCUGGCUACGAUCUUCUUCUACAUGCUGGUGGCCAUCAUCAUCCACGCUAUCAUCCAGGAGUAUGUACUGGACAAAAUCAACCGAAAGAUGCACUUCUCUAAGACCAAGCACAGCAAGUUCAACGAGUCAGGCCAGCUCUCUGCUUUCUACCUGUUCUCCUUCGGGUGGGGAACCAGCAUCCUCAUGUCUGAGAACUUCCUGUCCAACCCAGUGAGUCUGUGGGAUGGGUACCCUCAUACCCUGAUGACGUUCCAGAUGAAAUUCUAUUUUAUCAACCAGAUGGGCUACUGGCUUCACGCUCUGCCUGAGAUCUACUUCCAGAAGACCAAGAAGGAGGAUAUUCCCCGACAGUUGGUGUAUAUCUCUCUGUACUUAGUUCACAUCGCAGGAGCAUACAUUCUCAAUCUGAAUCGUCUGGCUCUGGUCCUGCUGGUGCUGCACUACUUCGUAGAGCUUCUCUUCCACGUGUCGCGCCUGGUCUACUUCAGCAACGAGAAGAGACAGACUGGGUUUUCCAUCUGGGCGGUGCUGUUUGUCCUUGGACGGCUGCUCACCCUGUCCCUGUCUGUCCUGACUGUGGGCUUCGGCCUGUCCAACGCUGAUCAACAGGGACUGGACCUGGCUAACGGGAACUUCAAUGUGCUCAUAGUUCGGAUCACUGUGCUGGCCACCAUCUGUGUGACUCAAGCCUUCAUGAUGUGGAAGUUCAUCAACUUCCAGCUGAGGAGGUGGAGAGAGCAGGCCCAGGCCCAGGCCCAGACCCAGGCCCAGCCCGUGAAACCCAAGAAGCUCCAAGCUCCCAAGACCAAGUCCAAGAAAGACAAAGCCAAUGGAGUGAACGGAGUGAGUUCCAACGGAGCCGAUUCGCCGAGAGCAAAGAAAGAGAAGUCUUCGUAAACUACCCCCCCACCCCCACCCCCUUCUCAGUUCCUCCAACCAAUCCCCUUCAGGCAGCAUCCAGCCUUCUCAUUCCACUGCUCUGUAUGCUGUCUAUGGCCCAAUCCCAAAUCCAUCCCUAGACCCUUGUAGAGAUCUAAGAGGAAAUGAUUGAUUCAAGCAAUAUGGUGAAACUUCCACCUAGAAUAUCAGAGAGCCGAGUUGUACUAAGCCCAUAUUGAUUACACCUGUCAUAUCAUCUCAGAUCCCCUCAAGGGGGUUACAUUUGGGACUGUUCAUCUACAACAGCUACUAAAGGAGGACAACUCCUUCCAACAGGACUACAAGAUCCAGAAUGCAUCUUGGCUUCAUCUGCUUGUUGCCAAUCUCCAGUGCUGACCAUUCCCAGAAUCAUUGUGACACUGCUGUGUCAUUAUUACAGCGAAAGAAAACCAUGAAAGAACAAAGAACUUAUUUAAAAGUGCCUAUUCAUAGACUGUACAGGAUGUGCAGAUUUAAAAUGUCAGGAAUGAUAUAAGCUCAGUAUUUCAGUAAACUCCCCCCACCCCCCCAAGCCAGUUAUGUUAUUUAUCACACUGUGUCCUGUGACAUGUUCUGUUUGUUUAACAAAAGGUCUUCUUGAUUCAGUCCCAUUUAUUUGGAACCGCCUGAGGAGAAAUGCACCUGCUGACCUUCUAUUUUAAAUUACCUCAUUUCCUGUUUGUUUUUUUGUGGGGGGUGGGGGUUCUUUUUUUCAUCAACACAGACAGGUUUGUAGAAUGGAUAGGUUUAAUUGGUUCAUUGGAAUGGAUGGGUUUAAUUGGUUCAUUGGAAUGGGUGGGUGUAAUUGGUUCAUUGGAAGGGAUGGGUUUAAUUGGUUCAUUGGAAGGGAUGGGUUUAAUUGGUUCAUUGGAAUGGAUGGGUUUAAUUGGUUCAUUGGAAUGGAUGGGUUUAAUUGGUUCAUUGGAAUGGAUGGGUUUAAUUGGUUCAUUGGAAUGGGUGGGUGUAAUUGGUUCAUUGGAAGGGAUGGGUUUAAUUGGUUCAUUGGAAUGGGUGGGUGUAAUUGGUUCAUUGGAAUGGAUGGGUUUAAUUGGUUCAUUGGAAUGGAUGGGUUUAAUUGGUUCAUUGGAAUGGAUGGGUUUAAUUGGUUCAUUGGAAUGGAUGGGUUUAAUUGGUUCAUUGGAAUGGAUGGGUUUAAUUGGUUCAUUGGAAUGGGUGGGUUUAAUUGGUUCAUUGGAAUGGGUGGGUUUAAUUGGUUCAUUGGAAUGGAUGGGUUUAAUUGGUUCAUUGGAAUGGAUGGGUUUAAUUGGUUCAUUGGAAUGGAUGGGUUUAAUUGGUUCCACCGUAAUGGAUGGGUUUAAUUGGUUCAUUGCUUUAACCUGCCAGUUUGGGUGCUUCUCAAAUGGCACCCUAUUCCCUACAUAGUGCUUCACUAUUGACCAGAGAUGUAUGGCCUUGAUCAAAAUUAGGGUACUACAUAGGGAAUAGGGUCCCAUUUGAGUCGCAGACAUUCUUUCAGGACACUGGCAGUGAGAAUGAAGGAACGGGAAUGAGGAUAGGAAGCCAUUCUAGUGUAUUUAGGCUUUUUGUUGUUGCUUUUCAAGUCCUUUUGCUUUGGUGCUGUAAAAAAGGCCUGACCCCUGUUGAGUUUCGUUAGUGCAUCUUGUGGCCUUUCCUUUGCUGAAGUGAUCACUGAUCUAACAAGGUUGGAUAAGGCCGUUUCCCCCCCAAACCCAGUCAAUGGCAGGAUCAGUGGUCACUGUGAAGGGAGAAAAUAAUUAUUGGCGUUGCAUCCCAAAUGGCACCCUAUUCCCUAUAUAGGGAAUAGGGUGCCAUAGGGCUCUGGUCUAAAGUAGUGCACUAUAUAGGGAAUAGGGUGCCAUUUGGGACUGUAUUUUGUCUCCUUUUCAACAUGUUCAUGGGAAUAUAAUUUGUUGUUAUGAAUGAGGAAAUGUUGUGUUUUUCCAUUUUAUCCCUCUAUUUUACUUUAACUGAACGUGCCAAAUCAGAGCUCUCACCAUGACGGGAUCUUUCUUUCCUUUAACAUGCUCACUCGUUGCCAUUAAAUAAUUUACACGGAAAGAAA